UGUCAGUACUUGUACUACGAGUACGAGUACCAGUAGUCAACCAAAAGUACUACUAGUAGUACCUGCCCUAUUUCAUCGUUCGGUGCGGCAACCCAACCGAGACGGCGGUCGGAAACAACGGUAGCGGCACACUACUAUUUCGGCAACCCGUUCUUGCAGCUCGGACGGCUCCAACGAUAGGACGGAACAGAACAGAAUCCAUCGACGCGAAAGAUCUUCAGUUUGCGCAACGAAACGAACCAUGUGGAAUUCCGUUGCCGCGAGCGCCGUUCUCCCGAUCGUGGCGGGCCUCUUGGUUGCCAUCGACCCGGCGGCGUGCUUCCUGUCUUCCGCCGGAUCCACUCGCGGGAACACACCGCACGUUCCCGGCCAAGCGGAAAGGCCUCUUUUGGGCAGGAAUGCCGGCAGCAGCGGCAGCGGCAAUACCCAUCUCCUUGCCUUGCCAAGGGUCAUCGUCUUUGACCUCGACAACACCCUCUGGACGCCGGAGCUCUACCAGCUGCGGCGCCUCGAACGCAAGAACCAGAUCCCGAUAGCGGGAAGGGACGUCGAACUCUUUGAGGGCGCCAGGCAGGUCCUGGAAGACAUCCUUCCCGGCCUCGGCGGAACGGAAGACGAACCAAAACCGAUGCUGGCCAUUGCCUCCCGGACCAACAAGGUAGACUGGGCCGAGGACCUCCUGGAUCAGUUCCAGCUGCGGGAUCGCUUCGAUGCCAUCGAAAUCUUCCCCGGGAUCAAGACAAACCACUUUGCGAAGAUCCAGCGGAGCACCAAGGUCCCCUUUCACGAAAUGAUGUUUUUCGAUGACGCCCGCGACGGGAGGUACGGGAACUGCGAACCGGUCGCGGCCAUGGGGGUGUUUUGCGUCCACUGCCCCGACGGAUUGAACACCGGGGAGGUCUUCGAGCGGGCGCUGGACCUCUACCAGAACGAAUGGGACAAGACCCCGAACACCAUUGUGGAAUCGAACGGAGAAAUGAAGAUCAACGUCCCGAGAAAAUUCGAGAGCCCUCCCCGGGCGUCGUCCAAGACGUUCACGGGGGUUGUCAAGCUGGUGAAGCGCGAAAAAUACUACGGGUUCAUAAAGUACCGGGUAGACCACGGCAAACAACGGACCAAGGAAAUCUUCUUUCAUUUCAACAACGUAGCGACCGAACCGCGAAGCAGCAUACAAGAAGGCGACAGUGUCACGUUCCAGAUCCGAAAAGACUACAAAAACAGCAACAAAGACAUGGCCUUCAACGUCGAUCGGGUCGGGGGGGACGAAGAUUCCUCGGACAAAGCACUCUUUCGGUGUUUUUCCAUGAACAAUCCCUUCGCGGCGAUGCUAGCGAACGGAUACAAGACGCUGGAGACCAGAAACGGGACCAUGUUUUCCGAAUACAGCGAAGGAACGCAAAUGCUGUUGCACGUCGGUCAGCGAACCUACCCCGACGGUGGCAAACACCUGGACAUCAUCCGGGCGGCGCAGCCGGGAAUCAGCGACGAAGAAAUCCAGACACUGAAACGAAUGCCGAAAGGAUUCUCCAAGGGAAACAUCGUAGCGAUUGUCGAAAUCGGAAAAACCUACGAGGCAUCGCUUUCGGAACGAAGUGUUCCCGACUUUGAACGAAAGGUUGUGGCGUAUGGUCCGGACAGUGGGCGGAUAGUAACUGAAAUCAAGCGCGUGGCAUAUCUGAAACGACCGAUACGACAAAGGGGCGAGGCGGGAGUCUUCAAUGUAAGCAAUAUCGAGAUCUUGUGGUGGAGUUGGAGUUGGAUAUUUUGCGCGUUCGGCUGUUUCCAGCUUGUGUUUCGUAUCGGAUGGGGCCCGAAUCCAUAAACACCCCCUGUGGUAAAAUCACCAAUAAUCGUCAGCUAACAACGUCCUUUUUUCCUGCGAAUGUCAAUCGAUGUCUGAUCCAUUCAUCGAUCUUCUUCUCGUACUUUCUAUUACUGCGAUUGAAGGUGAAAAUAGAUCCCAAGGUACUGCCAGAUGGCUGGACUAUUCCAACCACUUCUGCGGAUACCAGAGUGUUCGAAAUAAGUGGAUAGGAUUUAUUUGAAUUAAUUGUUUUUAUUUUC